CACUUGUUUGGUGAGGAAAUGCUGAGGACGCCUGCCCUGGCUGUUCUUCACCACUUAAAUCGGGAGUCAAGACUUCUCUGCUGGGGCCUACAGCCAUCCAGGAACUUUUAAGCAAGAAGAGGCUCAGGAGCAAAUAUAGGAAGAGCCAAGGAAGACGUACUAUGGCUUUAAAAAUCUUGAACAUACAGGAUGAGGUAUCCUGUCCCAUCUGCCUGGAGCUUUCGACAGAAUCCCGGAGUCUAGACUGUGGUCACAGCUUCCGUCAAGGCUGCAUUGCUGUGAAUAAUAAGGAGGCAGAGAUCAGCCCCAGAGGGGAAAGCACCUGUCCUCUGUGUGGUGUCAGAUACUCACUCAGUAACCUAUGGCAUAAUCAGCAUCUGGUCAACAUAGUGGAGAGAAUCAGAAUGUUUGAGUUGAACCCAGAAGAGUUGCUGAAGAGAGACCUCUGUGUGCGCCAUGGAAAGAAGCUCCUGCUCUUCUGUAAGGAGGAUAGAAAGGUCAUUUGUUGGCUUUGUGAGCGGUCUCAGGAGCACCGGGGACACCAAACAUUCCUCGUGGAGGAAGUAGUCAAGGAGUAUCAGGAGAAUCUCCAGGCAGCUGUGGAGAGGCUGAGGAAAGAGCAGCAGAAAGCUGAGAAGUUGGAAACUGAUAUCAGAGGAGAGAGGACUUCCUGGAAGUACCAGAUACAGACUGAGAGACAAAGAAUUAGAACAGAAUUCAAUCAGCUUAGAAGCAUUUUGGACAGUGAAGAGCAGAGAGUUCUGCAAAAAUUAGAAGAAGAGGAAAAGAGGAUACUGGAUAACUUGGCUGAGGGUGAGGCUGAGUUGGCUCAGCAGAACCAGUUGGUGAAAGAGCUCAUCUCAGAUCUGGAGCAUCGCAGUAAAUGGUCAACAGUGGACCUGCUGCAGGACAUGAGUGGAAUCAUGAAAUGGAGUGAGAUCUGGACACUGAAGAAGCCAAAAACUGUUUCCAAAAGACUGAAGAGUAUAUUCCAUGCUCCAGAUCUGAGCACAAUGCUGCGCAUGUGUAGAGAGCUAACACAAGUCCAGUGCUACUGGGUGGACAUCACACUGAACCCAAGCAACUUAAAUCUAAGCCUUGUCCUUUCAGAAGACCAGAGACAAGUGAUGUCUGUGCCAAUUUGGCCUGUUAAGUUUAGUAAUUAUGGUAUCUUGGGCUCCCAAUAUUUCUCCUCAGGGAAACACUACUGGGAAAUAGAGGUGUCCAAGAAGACUGCCUGGAUCUUGGGGGUAUACUCUAGAAAACGUUUUCAUAAUAUAAAUCUUGGUGUUAGACAAGGCACAGAUAAUCAAAAUGUUUACUCUAGAUACAGACCUCAGUGUGGCUACUGGGUCAUUGGGUUACAGAAUAAAUUUGAGUAUAAGGCCUUUGAGGAGUCAUCUACAUCUCUUCCCAUGGUCUUGACUAUUUCCAUGGCUGUUCCUCCCCAUCGUAUUGGGGUUUUCCUAGACUAUGAAGCAGGGAUUGUAUCAUUUCUUAAUGUCACAAACCACGGGUCACUCAUCUACAAAUUUUCUAAAUGUUGCUUUUCUCACACUGUGUAUCCAUACUUCAAUCCUUGGAACUGCCCCGGGCCUAUCACCCUGUGCCCACCACGCUCCUGA